AUUUGAAACCUCGCCUCGUAGUUUCCUCGUUCCCCUCCUCCUCCUCCUCCUCCUCCUCCUCCUCGAUCGCGAUCGCGAUCUCCCCCGAUUCGUAUCCCCUACUAGGGCGAUCUCGCCGCGUUCGAUCGAAUCCGUCGUGGUGCCCUCGCUCGGAGCUCGCGGAAUCGCCAUCGGUUUCGUCGGGAUCCGUCGCCGGUCGCGGUUUCCGCGGUCUGAUUGGUGGGAGGAGGAGAAACCCUAUGUUUUGAGGUAGGAUCGAUCGGAUUCCAUUGUUUUCGUGUUGCUGUGAUUGAAUCGGCUCCGGAAGUGUCGGAACGAUCGAUUUGUAGGCUUGAGAUGCGAUUUGCAGGAGGUGGGAUGGAUUUGAGGUAGGGGAGAGGAGGGAUUUGGUGGAGGAGCCUGGGAAGAGGAGUGGGGUUGGGGGUGGUGGUUUUGGGGCGAGAAGAGAUGUCGAAGGUGGUGCACCAGGGUUGGUUGGUUCGGUUCGGGCGGAGAAAGAUCGGUCGCUCGUUUAUUCGUUUGCGAUACUUUGUUCUCGAAUCUAGGUUGCUCGCGUAUUACAAGAGGCAACCUAAAGAUAACAUGUUGCCUUCGAAGACGCUUGUUAUAGAUGGAAAUUGCAGGGUUGAGGACAGAGGACUCAAAACACAUCAUGGUCAUAUGGUUUAUGUUCUUUGCGUUUACAACAAAAAAGAUAAGCAUCACCAAAUUACGAUGGGAGCAUACACCAUCCAAGAUGCUAUGACCUGGAAAGAGAAGAUUGAGCUUGUCAUUGAUCAGCAACAAGACUCACUGACGGCUAAGCAUCGCAAGGCCUUUGCUUCUUGUGACUUUGACAUGGACAAUGUGGGAAAUAUGUCAUUCUCUGAUCAUGAAAGUCCUCCUGAAGAUGAGGAAGUGAACCAACCCACUUUGCUGCGAAGAACGACGAUAGGAAACGGUCUAGUAUCUAGGAUGGUUAUUGGUCCUCCUGAUUCAUUACAUGAUUGGACAAAAGAGCAUGAUUUUGGGUUGUCAAAUCAGAAUGAUGCCAGUCAAGUAUACUCAAGAAAGCAUUGGCGAUUAGUUAGAUGUCAAAAUGGACUGCGCAUCUUCGAAGAACUCCUUGAAGUUGACUACCUUCGAAGAAGUUAUACCAGGGCUAUGAAGGCUGUUGGUGUCGUGGAUGCCAAGUGUGAAGCUAUCUUUGGGCUUGUUAUGAGUAUGGACGGAACACGUUUUGAGUGGGAUUGCAGCUUUCAUUAUGGAAGCUUAGUUGAGGAGGUUGAUGGUCACACUGCGAUACUGUAUCAUAGAUUACAGCUGGACUGGUUGCCAAUGUUGGUGUGGCCUCGUGAUCUUUGUUAUGUGCGCUAUUGGCGACGCAAUGAUGAUGGAAGCUAUGUUGUUUUGUUUCAAUCUAGAGAGCAUCCAAACUGUGGUCCACAGCCAGGAUUUGUGAGAGCUCACAUCGAGAGUGGUGGAUUCAAGAUCUCUCCUCUUAAGUCUCGCAAUGGGAGACCUCGUACUCAAGUCCAGCAUCUUAUGCAAAUCGAUCUUAAGGGAUGGGGCAUUAACUACUUCCCAUCUUUCCAGCAACAUUGUUUACUUCAGAUGUUAAAUAGUGUUGCUGGCUUGCGGGAAUAUUUUGCACAAACAGAUGAUAUUAAUGCAGUACCUAGGAUUCCAGUCAUGCUCAAUAUGACGACAGACUCUGUUUCACUGAAGAAAGAUCAUAAACCGCAGGAAGGUGAUAGUCUGACUACAUCUUUGGAUCAAGCACGUGCCGAUAACAGAACAUCUGUUAUGUUAGAUGAAGAAUCUGAUGAGGAUGAUGACUACCAAAUUCCUGAAGCUAAUUCGGAUGAUGUCUCUGCUAAGGCUGAAACUGAUGCUAAGCAGACAGUUCCAGAAGAGGAGCUGGAAGAUCAAAUUGAUUUGUCUUCAUUUUCGGGCAAUUUACGUCGAGAUGAUGAUGAUAAAAGUCGUAAUUGCUGGAGAGUACCUGAUGGAAAACUUUUCAAAGUACGGAGCAAGAAUUUUCCGAACGACAAAUCCAAGAUUACUGCAGGGAAGUUUCUCAUGGAACUUGUGGCUGUUGAUUGGCUUAAGGACAGUAAGCGUAUGGACCAUGUAGCUAGGAGACAAGGCUGUGCCGCUCAAGUUGCCUCUGAGAAGGGACUAUUCUGCUUUGUUGUAAAUUUACAAAUUCCAGGAUCAACUCAUUAUAGUAUGGUCUUUUACUUUGUCACAAGGCACCUGCGACCAGGGUCUCUUUUGCAGCGCUUUGUUGACGGUGAUGAUGAUUUCCGUAACAGUAGAUUCAAGCUUAUCCCAUCUGUAUCUAAGGGAUCCUGGAUAGUGCGCCAGAGUGUUGGAAGCACUCCUUGCUUGCUUGGCAAAGCAGUUGACAGCACAUAUAUCCGCGGAGCAAAGUACUUGGAAAUAGAUGUUGAUAUUGGUUCCUCUGCGGUUGCCAAUGGAGUUCUGGGCCUCGUGUGUGGUGUAGUUACAACUCUGGUCGUCGAUAUGGCUUUUCUUGUUCAGGCAAACACUUCUGACGAGCUUCCAGAGCAGCUUAUUGGCGCCAUUCGUUUGUCGCAUAUCGAGCUCUCCUCUGCAGUAGUUCCUGAUCUCGGCAAUAACUCCUCCACAGAGUGAAUCUCACCCCUCCGUUUUUCUUUUCUUUGCUCUUUUUCGUACAUGAAAAAGUUCUUUCCAAAAUUCUUUUGGCCAUUGGGGUGGGGGUUCAUAACAUUCGCUCUUUGGCCGAUUAGCCCAUAAAGAGAAGAAACCUGUUUGCAUACAGCUGCAGUUUCCAUCUGAUCAAGUUAUCUCUCUCUCUCCAAACUCGAACUAGAUGAGGUCAAAAAUACCAAAAAGCAAGUUUUGUUGUUCCAUUUUCGCGUAGGUGUCUACAACAGUUUCUUCAAAGUUUUGCCUUCUUUUAAGUCGUUUUGUACUCUCCAUCUGCUGCAGAAUUAAUUCUGGUUUCAUGACUACAUUGUAAUCUGGGAAUUUCACUAUGUAAAUUUGUAGGUGUUUUUUUGGGUUCGAAAUUAAUAAGCGUAGGCUAUUUUGCUCCCUAUACGUACUACAUCAUUGGACUA